AUGCCGCGACGAGACGUCUUAGAAGAGCAGACAGAGAGAGGAGUACUGAGGAGGUACAGGCUGUCCAAGAGGGGCAUCAGACUGCUGACGGAGAAGAUCGAAGGCCAGCUGCAGCGUAGAACAGCAAGGUCCCAAGCACUCUCCCCCACCACACAAGUUCUUGCCUGUCUUGGCGUGCUUGCGACGGGGAGCUUUCAGGCUGUGAUUGGAGACAGCCUUGGGAUCUCCGCAGCCUCUGUGUCGCGUUCAGUUCACAAUGUGGUGGGAGCCAUCUUGGAGAGCAGAGACCCUGCUCUCAGCAUCAGAUUCCCGUCAACUCCAGUCGAGGUUAGAGCCGUGAAGGGUGGCUUUCACCUCAUUGACAGCUUCCCAAAUGCACCACACAGAGAGGAAAAUUUAUAUGUUUGCCGCAAGGGAUAUCAUGCACUAAAUGUACUAAAUGCACUUAGGUAA